AUGACUAUUGAUGAAGAAGCGACGACGACGACUAGUGGUGAAGAGGAAAAGGUCGGCGACGCGGCGGUUGUUGGUGAACCCAUCAUUGGCACGGUUUCCCAUGGAAUCUUGGACAACAACGGCAACUUCAUGGUUGUCAACCUGAAUUCUGAAACUUUAUGGGGGAGUUUCAAUCAUUCAACCGACACCAUAUUGCCCGGGCAGACGCUGCCGUUAUCUUCUGCCUAUCUGUACUCCAGAAAAGCAGAGGAUAAUUUCUCUCAGGGCAGAUUCAGGCUCAGAUUAGACGAAAAUGGCAAUCUUGUAUUGCGGAUGAUCAACAUACCGAGCUCUUUCAGAACCGAACCUUACCUUACCCAUGCAUCCGGCUUGAAUGAAACAAGUGACAUUCGAGGGCUUAACUUCAAUGAAUCAGGCCAUCUGUUCAUCUCAUAUGGUGAUCACGGGAAAGAUUUAAUCUUUCUACAAGAGGAGGAAGGGAACAGAGGCGCCGGAGAAGGGUUUUAUUACUACAGAGCAACUCUUGAUUCUGAUGGGGUGUUCGCCGUGUAUCGAUGGCGGAAUGAAGAACCUACAUGGAAAGUGGUCUGGCAGAUUCCAAAAGACAUUUGUUUGACCGAUCCUACGUAUUCAGGCAGCGGUGUUUGUGGAUUCAACAGAAUUUGUCGUCUAAACGUGAACAGCCGACCCGAUUGUCAGUGUCCGAGACCAUUCACUCAGGACGAUCCAGACGACGAUUACAGAAGCUGCGUUCCUGGCUUUAUCCAAUCAUGCGGGAAUGGAACCUAUUUUCCUGAUGACUACGAUUUCUACACCCAAAUCAACAUUGAUUGGCCAUUAAGUGAUUAUGAGGUAUUGCAGCCUUACACUGAAGAAACAUGCAAGCAGGAUUGCUUAAACGACUGUAUGUGUGCUGUCGCCGUUCAUCGUACAGACAAUUAUAGCUGGAAGAAGAAGUUGCCACUCUCUAAUGGCAGAGUUUCUCCAUCUGUUAAUAGAAAGACAUUCAUCAAAUUCAGCAAGAAGAACAACACAAAUUCUUCUUCUCCUCACCCGGAUACUGUCGGCCGCCGGAAGAACGACGACGCUCUUAUCCUUCUUAUAUCCCUCUUUCUCGGGGGGUCGGGUUUAGUCAAUGUCGUACUCUUCGUCGCCAUCUCUAUUACGGAUUUUCUCAUCUACAACAAGAAAAUAUUGUCACGGGCAAAAGAAUUAGGAGACAACGACAUUUUGGAUAAACACUUACGUUGUUUCACUUACAGAGAACUCGAGGCUGCCACCGACAGUUUCAAGGAAGAAGCUGGACGCGGCUCGUUCGGCAUUGUAUACAAAGGCGUGUUGAAAACGAAAACGGGUCAUUUGGAACCUAUCGCGGUCAAGAAACUAGAUAGAAUCGUGCAAGACAUCGACCUUGAAUUCAAAACCGAAGUGAAUGUGAUCGGACAAACCCAUCACAAGAAUUUGGUAAGAUUGGUCGGGUAUUGUUCCGAGGGGGAGAAUCGACUAUUGGUUUACGAAUACCUCAGAAACGGGUCGCUAGCAGGUUUCCUUUUCGGCGAAUUGAAGCUAUUGGUUUAG